AAACUGAGCGGCGGCGGCAGGGCUCUGGGGUGGAGACGGCGACCGGAGCCGGCCGGCCAGACGGAGCCCACGGCGGCCAGCCGCAGACGACCCCGAGCCGAGCCCCGGAGCCAUGGCCCUGAGCGAGCUGGCGCUGCUCCGCUGGCUGCAGGAGAGCCGGCACUCGCGGAAGCUCAUCCUGUUCAUCGUGUUCCUCGCGCUGCUGCUGGAUAACAUGCUGCUCACGGUCGUGGUCCCCAUCAUCCCGAGUUACUUGUAUAGCAUUGAGCAUGAGAAAGAUGCUCUAGAAAUCCAGACCGCCAAGCCUGGGCUCACAGCCUCCGCCUCCGGCGGCUUCCAGAACAUCUUCUCCUAUUACGACAAUUCCACCAUGGUCACCGGGAACAACACCGACCACCUUCAGGGGGCACUGGUGCAGGAGGCCACCACGCAGCGCAUGGCCACUAACUCGUCCUCGGCCCCUUCCGACUGUCCCAGUGAAGACAAAGACCUCCUGAAUGAGAAUGUGCAGGUCGGCCUGCUGUUUGCCUCGAAAGCCACUGUCCAGCUCCUCACCAACCCGUUCAUAGGACUGUUGACCAACAGAAUUGGCUACCCAAUUCCCAUGUUCACGGGAUUCUGCAUCAUGUUUAUCUCAACAGUUAUGUUCGCCUUCUCCCGCAGCUACGCCUUCCUGCUGAUCGCCAGGUCCCUGCAAGGCAUCGGUUCCUCCUGCUCGUCUGUAGCUGGGAUGGGCAUGCUGGCCAGCGUGUACACAGAUGACGAGGAGAGAGGCAACGCCAUGGGGAUCGCCCUGGGCGGCCUGGCCAUGGGGGUCCUAGUGGGCCCCCCCUUUGGGAGUGUGCUGUAUGAGUUUGUGGGGAAGACAGCUCCGUUCCUGGUCCUGGCUGCCCUGGUGCUCUUGGAUGGAGCCAUUCAGCUCUUUGUGCUCCAGCCGUCCCGGGUGCAGCCAGAGAGCCAGAAGGGGACGCCGCUCACCACUCUGCUGAGGGACCCGUACAUCCUCAUCGCUGCAGGGUCCAUCUGCUUCGCAAACAUGGGGAUUGCCAUGUUGGAGCCAGCCCUGCCCAUCUGGAUGAUGGAGACCAUGUGUUCCCACAAGUGGCAGCUGGGCGUGGCUUUCUUGCCAGCUAGCGUCUCUUAUCUCAUUGGAACCAAUGUUUUCGGGAUCCUUGCACACAAAAUGGGGAGAUGGCUUUGUGCUCUUCUAGGAAUGAUAAUUGUCGGAAUGAGCAUUUUAUGUAUUCCUCUUGCAAAAAACAUCUAUGGACUCAUAGCUCCCAACUUCGGAGUUGGUUUUGCAAUUGGCAUGGUGGAUUCAUCAAUGAUGCCCAUCAUGGGCUACCUGGUCGACCUGCGGCACGUGUCCGUCUAUGGGAGCGUGUAUGCCAUUGCCGAUGUAGCAUUUUGUAUGGGAUAUGCCAUAGGUCCUUCUGCUGGUGGGGCUAUCGCAAAGGCAAUUGGAUUUCCAUGGCUCAUGACAAUUAUCGGAAUAAUUGAUAUUCUUUUUGCUCCUCUCUGCUUUUUUCUUCGAAGUCCACCUGCCAAGGAAGAAAAAAUGGCUAUCCUCAUGGAUCACAACUGCCCCAUUAAAACAAAAAUGUACACUCAGAAUAGCAGCCAGUCGUAUCCAAUAGGUGAGGAUGAAGAAUCUGAAAGUGACUGAGACCCUGAAAAGUCCUCCAAGUACCUAAUUGUAUAAAACAGUGUUUCCAGUGAAAUGACUCAUCCAGAACUGUCUUAGUACCACUCAUCCCUGGUGAAAGUCCAUACAACCAAAGGUUCUUUCUUUUCCAUGGUUAUGAUCGAUUGCCAACGGCCUUAUAAAGAAAAAGCAGCUUUUCUAGGGGUUUGUAUAAAUAGUGUUGAAAACUUUAUUUUAUGUAUUUGAUUUUAUUAAAUAUUAUACAAUAUAUUUUGACGAAAUAUAGUGUAAAUCUAUAAAUAUUUGAAUCCAAAUCAAAUAUAAUUUUUUAACUUACAUUCACAAACACCUGGGCAAAAAAAAGUCUUAUAUUUUUUUCUGAAUAUUGGUAAUGAGUGUUUAAAGCACACAUUAUCUCCGAGACACUUCCAACAAUGAGAAACUAGAAGGAAGUCUGAAAAACAGAGUCAAGUAAGACGGCGUAUAUUAUGUAGUGACACUGAAUGCUACUGAACUUGGAAUUACAGUUGACCUGGAACAACACAGGGUUUGGGAAUGCCAGUACCCCACACAGCCGAAAACAGUCAGCCCUUCGUAUCCAUGAUUUCACGUCUAUGGAUUCAUCCUACCACGGGCCACGUAGUACUGCAGUCUGUAUUUGUUGAAAAAACUCUGCAUGUAAGUGGACCCAUGCAGUUCAAAUCAUGUUGUUCAGGGGUCAACUGUACUAUCAAUAUAUUCAUGAGGCAAAAGCUAGUUAUCUCAAAUGCAGAAGAACUUGAGUCAAUCAUCUUUCAGAUUUAAUCCGUGAAUCUCAGCUGGCAUUAGUUUUCUAUGUAAUCACCUGCCUGGAAGCGGAUGGUUGUAAACUAUAUGUUUACAUGUCUUGUGGUUGGCAGCAAACAUUAAAGUCAAUAAGGGUAAAACAGUGAAUAUUCUGAAAGCAGAGAAAAGCACCCAAAUAUAUAAUUAUGAACAACUAGAAGCUUUCCCUUUCAGAUACAUACUUGUCUUACUGGACGACAAAAGAUUGAGAAUAGAAAAUCCUUAUACUAUUAGGAUUGUUUAAGCAUGAUGAGAUAUAUCAACAUCUAGCUGAAGUUUUAGAAAAGAAAUUUAAAAAGCUAAUAGCUGCUGUGAUGUGAAAAAAAAAAAAUCAGACUAUAAUUUUCUUUUACCUGGAAGUCAAGUGUUUUCUAGGGAUCUGUUAAUUUUUUUUGAUACUAUUAUUUUAGAUGAAGAUGAAGGAGGAAUAAAACUAUCUUGGAUCGUGUUAGGAAAACAGGUGAAAAUAAUAGGGUGGUCAGGGCACACUCCCUUUCACAUGCAGGAAAAAACCCAAACAUCUAAAAUUGUCUAUGUAAUACUGUAUCACCUAGCGCUGUGUGAUGUAGUUUUUCUGAGCAUGAUAACGUUGCUGUGCCUUUUCGAUGUAAGUACUGUUAGUGAACACUGUCCGUUUACAUAAUUUUGUAUGAUAUGAAGAUAGUGUGGAAUGUCUUAAAAACACUUGUUCAUUCUGUAGUUCUGUAAUAGUAAGCAAAAACUACCUAAUGUCAGUUUCUUUGUAAAGCUAAAAUUUUUUCUGUUAACUUAGAAAGACUCUACCUUUUACUUCCCUAAGAAAGUAGCUAAUAUUUCCUUUCCAUUUUCUUCAUGAAGCUUUUUUGUGGGGCUUUGAUCUGAAGUCUGGUUUUUUAAGUGCAUGUGUUGGAAGCAAACUGGCUUCCUACUCAUGUAUUUGCAUUGGGCGACUCACACAAGGCCUCUGCUUUGCUGGAGGUGCUUCUGUGGCUGAAGUAAAAAAGCGGGAUUGUUCUCUACUUCUUUAGGGGAGACCCUUAAAAAACAAUGUACUACAAAUCAGUUCUCUUGGAGGGUUUGUAGUUCUCCCCACUCCUAAUACUAUAUAGCUUUUAAAAUUUUUGCCUGUAAGGCUUCAGUCUCUUCAAGAAUGACUGGCAGCCAUGUCUGCUGGUGAUCCCUAGAGAUCAUAUAAAAGAGAAAUGUUUUUCAGACAUGUUUUGAGAGCAAAAGGGGGAAAACUGUAUCUGAUGAGGAAAAAACCUGAAAGGUCUUUCAUAUGAAUAAUAUUCUGGGGUGGGUAAAACUAUGAAAAGAGGGGCUGUUUUUAAAUGUGUGUAUCAGAACAAAGAACACACAGCUCUCUGAACUGUUUAUUUUUUGAGCAGAGGUGGUUUUUAUGCUUGUACCUAGCAAAACAGAUACAAAAAAUUUAAUGAGGUAGCAAUGAAUACUCAGUUCUUUCUUUUGACUGCUAAGUGUAUCCACCUACAUUCUGUUUUAGCUAGUUUACCUAAUAAAUCUUCUGAACACUA